ACCCUGACCAUGUACUUCCAGCAGUCCUGGAGGGAUAAAAGGCUCUCUUAUUCUGGAAUACCUUUGAACCUAACUCUGGACAACAGAGUGGCUGACCAGCUCUGGGUGCCGGACACGUACUUCCAAAAUGACAAGAAGUCAUUUGUCCAUGGGGUGACAGUGAAAAACCGAAUGAUUCGACUCCAUCCAGAUGGGACAGUCCUAUAUGGCCUACGGAUCACAACAACAGCUGCUUGCAUGAUGGAUCUACGCAGAUAUCCUCUGGAUGAACAAAAUUGCACACUAGAAAUUGAAAGUUAUGGAUACACUACUGAUGAUAUUGAAUUUUACUGGAAUGGAGGAGAGUCGGCAGUAACGGGAGUUAAUAACAUCGAGCUCCCCCAAUUUUCUAUCGUUGAUUAUAAGAUGGUAUCAAAGAGAGUGGAAUUUACAACAGGAGCAUAUCCUCGACUAUCACUUAGCUUCCGGCUUAAAAGAAAUAUUGGAUACUUCAUUUUGCAAACCUAUAUGCCUUCCACGCUGAUCACAAUUCUGUCGUGGGUAUCUUUUUGGAUCAAUUAUGAUGCCUCUGCAGCCAGAGUUGCUCUAGGAAUCACAACUGUGCUGACCAUGACCACCAUCAGCACUCACCUCAGGGAGACCUUGCCAAAGAUUCCCUACGUCAAGGCAAUAGAUAUUUACCUGAUGGGAUGCUUUGUGUUUGUGUUCCUGGCCUUGCUGGAAUAUGCCUUUGUAAACUACAUAUUCUUUGGGAAAGGACCCCAACGUCAAAAAAAGGCAGCAGGCAGGGCAGGACAUGCUACAGGCGAGAAGAGCAGGCUGGAAACAAAUAGAGUCCAGGAAGAGGUUGAUCCCCAUGGAAACAUGCUUCUUAGCCCACUUGAAAUACGAAAUGAUGUCAGCAGCUCAGACGUGUUCACGAGCCACGGUGACCCCCGAGCCACCAUGUACACGUACGACAGUGCCAACCUGCAGUACAGAAGAGCCACUUCCAGCAGAGACCUCUACAGUAGGAGUGCUUUGGACAGGCACAGGCUUCAUAAAAAAGGACGCUUACGAAGAAGGGCAUCCCAGAUCAAAGUUAAAAUCCCUGAUUUGACUGAUGUUAACUCGAUAGACAAGUGGUCCAGAAUGGUCUUUCCCAUCACAUUUAUUCUUUUCAAUGUUGUUUACUGGCUGUAUUAUGUCCACUAA